AACGCUAUGCGUACUGUCACCGUAAUUUCCGACAUCAGUCUGACACCUUCCAUGCCACUUUCUUUUCGAGUUAGCUCUUCGCUCAGGCGAGUUUGAUUUAUUCUUAAGCCUCCAAACAGCAAGGAUGCAGCUGCACGUACGAGGAUUAAACACGCACGUCCUGGACGUUCAGCCGGGAGACAGCAUUGCUCAUGUGAAGUCUAUGCUGGCUGGACUGGAGUCGGUCGACGCACAGGAACUUCAUCUGUACUGCGAAGGAACGCCGCUCGCUGAGGACGCUACCGUAUCGCAGCUGACGUCGGUUGAGCUUGAUCUGACCGUAAGUCUGCUCGGUGGUAAGGUGCACGGUUCGCUCGCCCGUGCCGGUAAGGUGAAGGGCCAAACGCCCAAGGUCGAGAAGAAGGAAAAGAAGAAGAAGAAGACCGGCCGUGCCAAGCGACGCAUUCAGUACAACAGACGCUUCUCGAGCGUGGUCCAGGCGUACGGACGCCGCCGUGGCCCGAAUGCUAACUCAGCCUAAGU